AUGUCUGAACAUGACACUGGUUCAUCAGAUGAUGAAGAACGUAUUAAUGAAAUAACAACAGUUAAAAAGAAAAAAGGAAAUGUUGUUUAUCAACGUGCUAGUCGUCCAACAACUUACGAUGAUGAUGAUGAUGAUGAUGACGAUGAAGAUGAGUUUAAUAGACAAAUUCGUUUAGAAGAAACAAAAAAAUUACAAAAUGAAGCAGAAAAAACAAAAACACGAGUUGAUCCUGAUGGAACCGUUUACGAAUGGGAUCCAAAUGUAAAAGGAUGGUUUCCAAAAGUAUCAGAAGAAUUUUUAGUCGAACAUCAUAUGAAUUAUGGUCUUGAAUCUUCAUCAGGUAUACGAUAUGAUGUUCAUCAUCAAACAUAUAUUCAAGAACGUGAUGGUAUGACAUAUAAAUUAGAUAAAGAUACACAACAAUGGAUUCCAUCACAAUCAUAUACUGAUGAAGCAAAUAAUAUUAAAUAUACAUUUUCACAAAAACAUAAUACAUGGAUACCUGAUGUUAGUAUUUAUUCAACGAAUGAUCCAGAAGGAAAACAACAAACAUAUGUUUGGUUAAAUGAUCAACUUAAAUGGGCACUUUUAUCAACUGUUGAUGCUUAUACAGAUCAUAUAACAAGAAUUAAAUAUAAAUGGAAUAAUCAAACAAAUAGUUGGGAUAAUGAAGGUAUUGAACCUAUUGAAGAUGAACAUGAUCUACCAAAAGAAAAAAAAACAAUAGUUCCACCACCAACACAAGAUGAAAAGAAAAAACCAACUGAAGGUUUGUUUUGUGAAACAUGAUCUAAAACGAAUGUUGAAUUAUAGACCUACAGACUAUGACAGACACCUUAGUAAUACCUCCUUUCCUUACGGACGCAGCUAGAAAUGUCUGUACAUCUCUCUUGAAAAACUCAUAGUUACGCCUCUGUCCCCAUCUUCGUGCGUCACAAACAUUGUUGGUAUACGAUCAAAGAUUGUAUAAUAAGAAUGUUUCGCUUUAAUAUAUUAACUAUUUCGUUUUUUCAUUUCUGGAGGAUUGAGUAAAAGAAUGUUGAAGAAAUAUAUCUCAAGAUAGAUUGAAUAAAACAAACUCUCGGUGAUUAGUCACAACAUCUACAUUGUGUUUCACAUUUUAUUCUCGCACGGAUUGUCCUAACAGAUUUUUUUAAUUUAUAAGUUAAAUUAAACGAAAAAAUUUAAUAAUUAACAGUCAUUUAAGACGAUGGUUGUUUUAUUCGAAUUUACAAUUAUUUAUUUAUUUUUAAUCUAUAUUUGAAAUAUCCUAAUCUUAUUUUUCUUUAUUAUUUCGAUAAGGAGAGCUUGUGCAUAAAUGUAAGGUCAAGUAAC